AUGAAAUUCUCGGCUUUCGUAUUAAUGGUUUCCGCCGUCAUGGGUGGUCAAGCUCUUGCUGCAUCACUCCUAGAGACAUACGAGGCGCAGUAUCCUACCUGCUCUUUACUCUGCAUGGCAGAGUAUGUGCCAACAUCGGGAUGUUUGACAGGAUCAGACUAUGAGCAGGUCGCUUGCCUUUGCACCAACGCACCUCUCCAAGCCAACAUUACCACAUGCGUUAGAUCAGGCUGUACUACGUAUGAGGGCCUAGAAACCAAAAAUAUCACGUAUACAAUGUGCGGUCAGCCAGUCCGCGACGAUUCUGCCACUCCCCUCCUCGUCGGUGUCAUUGGGGGCGCCAUCGCCCUGCUCGUCUUCAUCAUGCGCAUGUGCGCCACCCUACCCCAUAAAGGUCGCCAGCUGGGCUGGGACGACUAUACCAUGGCUAUUACCGUGGCUCUCGCUGUCCCUCCCACCGUCUUUUCUGUUUUACUGUCAGAUAAUGGCUUGGGCAAAGAUAUGUGGACAUUACCGCUCCAGAAUAUCGAAAACGUUCUUUUUUAUUACUAUUUAGGAGAAAUCUUUUACUUUGCCUCCUUGUCCUUUAACAAAAUCUCUCUUUUGUUAUUCAUUCUUCGCGUUUUUCCCGACAGACAGUUCCGCCAGCUGGUUUUUGGCGUUUGCGGCCUUUGCGUUGGGUAUGGCGUGAGCUUCGUGAUUAUCACGGCGUUCCAAUGCAACCCCAUCAACCACUCCUGGCUGCAAGUUGACAGCACCCACUUGGGGCACUGCAACAACAUCAGUCUCCAAUCGUGGAUGAGUGCAGUCUGCAACAUCGUUAUUGAUCUCAUCAUCAUUGUGCUACCUCUGAAGAACUUGUACGGUCUUCAGAUACGGCUAAAGAAGAAGAUAAUGAUCAUGUUCAUGUUUUCUUUGGGUAUCUUUGUCACCAUUGUCAGUGCUAUUCGACUUCGCUCUUUGAUCCAGUUUGCGUCCACAGAAAACCCGACUUGGGAUUACAACGAGGCAGCUUGGUGGAGUACAAUCGAGCUUCAUGUCGGCAUUAUUUGUGCUUGUCUCCCGAGUCUACGGUCUCUAUUCAUCAAUCUCGGUGUCAGGAUUCUAGGAAGCAGCAGUGAUAAGUCUCGAGCCACAGCUUAUGGAACAAAUGCCUCUGGCCAUGGAUUGAGCCGCAACGGAGGCCCAGAGAAGCAAGUAUCUCACAGUGUCCCCAAGCGCGGCGACGAAGGUGACUUCAUUCCGCUGGUCGACGUGAAUGACAAAGCAGCAAAGAGCCAUUUCCAGACGGCCAUCGGAGAGGCCGAGAGUUAUGAUUCGGACAUCCACGAUGGCAAAAUUGGUUACGAAGCAAAAGCCUACCGGUGA